CAAUUUCUUCCAUCUAUCUGUUAAUAAAUCCAUGACGAUAUCCGUUUAGUCCUAUUGUGGGUACACACACAUUCAGCUGCAUUAUCGAAUAUACCGGAAUUAUUGUGGAAGCGAAGUUCCAUUCUACCGUCUUUGCUGAUAUUCGGAGAAUUGUUGUGUCCUUUUGUCGAAUAUAUUGUUGACGAAUCUUCCAAACUAUCGUUCGAAAUUCUUGCACAGUUCCGAAAGCCACGAACAAGGAUAACCUCGCAGUUGCAUCGAGCAAUCUCCUAAAAUGAUCUCCUGAGAUGUGAGGAAAGAGCAUCUACCACAUUUUUUCUUUGACCUGCGGAUGGUUUCCGAAGAAGUCGUUUAUCCAGCGAUAUAUAAUUCUUUAUUGAAGUAACGCAAUAAUGUCCGUAACAUUUGCUCAACGUGGAAGACCUCCACCGACUCCAGCUCAGAUUCAGAAGAUGCUGGAUGAAAAUAGUCAUCUGAUACAGACAAUUCAGGAAUAUCAGAACAAAGGAAAACCACAAGAAUGUAUUCAGUAUCAGCAAGUCUUGCACCGUAAUUUAGUAUAUUUGGCUACUAUUGCCGAUGGAAAUCAAAAUAUACAAGCUUUGCUCCCGCCACCGCAAGCCAUACCAAACGGUCCCCAGCAUCAGAUGAUGGGACCUCAGGGUCCGCCCACUGGACCUGCAGUAUCGGGAGGACCCGGCGGGGACAUACCACCGAGUGCGCAACAAAGUUUACCCAUGACCAAUUUUAAUCAAGGUCAGCCGAUGCAAGGAGGUUACAGAGGACCGGUUAUGCCUGGCCAAGGACCAGCCAUUAGUCGUCCUACCGCAGCUCCUGGUCCGCAGCAAUACAGGGGAGGUCCACAGGGAUAUCCUCAGCAACCCACUCAACAAGGUUACCCAACUCCCUAUGCUGGCCAAACUCCAGGGGCAAAUUAUCAGGGCCCUCAGACCACUGCUUAUGCUUCUGGGCAACCUAAUCAAUAUGGACCGCCAAAUGCAUCCCAACAACAAGGAUAUCCAACAUCGAAUCAACCAGGUUACGGACCUCCAACAACCGUUAACAGUUACGGUCCUCAACCGGGUGGUUAUCCACCACCUGGGGCAGCUCAGCCUCCUGCUGGUUACGGUCCACCUCCACCAAGUCAGCAAGGUUAUCCUCCUCCUAACGCCUCUCAGCAGAAUUUCCCUUCCGGUGGGCAGCAACAGCAGCCUGGACAGUACGGGAGCCCCAGUCCACAACCGUCUUAUCAGCAACCGCCUUCUCAGCCACCACCGCAAAAUGCAUACAAUACUUCUCAGACUGGCAAUUAUCCGCCGCCAUCAUCCCAGGGUUAUCCAAACAACGCCACGCUGCAGAGUUACUCUGCGCCUCCAGCUACGUCCAGUACAGGGCAACCUCCGCAACCAGGGCCUCAACAGAAUGCUGGUCCUCAACCAAAUUACGGCAGCCAACCUAGUCCAGGUCCUGGACCCGGAACAGGUCCAACGCAGUAUGGUCCCACUUCCACGUCGCCACCGUUCAGUACAUCCUCAGCUAGUGGUGCGAACACUUAUGCACAGAGCGGUCAGCCAACUAGCACUCCUUCAGCUUCUACGCAGACCUACCCUCCCAGCAGUGGAGCUCCGGCUACUCAAGGUGGACCAUAUGCACCUCCAGGACCAACACCUUCUGGGUACGCUGUCCACCAGUCGACUCAUCCGUCAUCUCAUCAGCCUCCACACCCUCCUCCUCAUCAAUCUCCUCAUCAGCCUCCGCAUCAACCCCAUCAGUCCCCGCACCAAACUUCUCAUCAAUCGGGCCACCAACCCCCACCGCACCAAUCACCUCACCAGCCUCCUCAACAGCCACAACAACAGUCUCAGACUCCCCAGUCCCAGCAACAGCAACAGCAAUCAUCCGGUUCCGCUCCAAGUGGUUUUCAGCCCCCAGCUGGGCCUCCGCAGGGUCCUCCUCCGCCUCCUGGACCUCCUCAACCUCCGGCUGGUUAUGGACCUCCACAGUCUCAUCCUGCUACGACUCAAACUUAUGUUCCACCGGCUCCUGGAGGACAACCGCAGGUCUACGCUCCGCACCCUCCGCAGGGAGGGCAGCAUUAUGGACAUCCUCAGUAUCCGCCACAGAGCUAUCCACCACCACCAACUGGACAAGGUUAUCCACAGUAUCCGUCUCGACCUCCUGGAGGACACAUGCCUCCGCCACCUGGCCCUCAAGGACCUCCUCCGCCAAACCAGUACGGAGGGUAUGGAUACCAACCUCCCCCGCAGUAGAAAUACCAUUUGCUCGGUGAGCGUUCGGUAUACAUCGAUUUUGACACUGUUGCUAAUAAGGUUAAAUCAACGGAUGAAGACGUGCCAGGGAAAACCAAUUAAAU